UGAUGCCUAAUCCGUGCGCCGAAAUUUCCGGCGUGGACGCUAAGGAUAGAGGCUUGCGUGCGUCCAAAACCCGGGAAUAAGUGGCGCCAGCAGGGCCAAAUUUCCGAGCUGGGGUCUUCCGCCAGGAUUUGGAACUCUGGACCUCUUGGCACUUGGUGAAGCCGUCCAUCUUUGCACAGGGUCCCGGGCGCCUUAAAGGGCGCAGCCGGUUUCCGGGCCAAGGCGCUCUGGGGCAUGGCAAUGGCGGCAUUCCCGGGCUCUCAGGAACGGGAAGGUCUCCUUAUAGUGAAACUCGAGGAGGACUGCGCUUGGACGCAGGAGCUACCACCCCCUGACCCUGGGCCCAGCCCCGAGGCCUCUCAUCUGCGCUUUAGGAGGUUUCGCUUCCAAGAGGCCGCUGGUCCCCGGGAGGCCCUCUGCCGGCUCCAGGAGCUUUGCCAUGGGUGGCUACGGCCAGAGAUGCGUACCAAGGAGCAGAUCCUGGAACUACUAGUACUGGAGCAGUUCUUGACGAUUCUACCCCAAGAGAUCCAGAGCAGGGUUCAGGAACUCCAUCCCGAGAGCGGUGAAGAAGCAGUGAGCCUUGUGGAGGAUAUGCAGAGAGAACUUGGGAGACUCAGGCAACAGGUCACAAACCAAGGGCGGGGAACAGAAGUGCUUUUGGAGGAGCCUUUGCCUCUGGAAACAGCAGGAGAGUCACCGAGUUUCAAGCUGGAGCCUGUGGAGACUGAGCGAAGCCCUGGCCCCAGGCUGCAGGAGCUGCUAGGCCCCAGCCCCCAAAGGGACCCCCAGGCUGUAAAGGACAGGGCGUUAUCUGCUCCCUGGCUUUCUCUCUUUCCUCCUGAAGGGAAUAUGGAAGACAAGGAAAUGACUGGGUCCCAGUUGCCUGAGAGCUUAGAAGAUGUGGCAGUGUACAUCUCCCAGGAGGAGUGGGGGCAUCAGGAUCCUAGUAAGAGAACUUUCUCCAGGGACAUGGUGCAAGAGAGUUAUGAGACUGUGGACUCAUUGGAGCCUCACAUUCCCAGUCAGGAGGCCCUAAGCACCCAGGUGGAACAAGGAGAAAAGCCAUGGGAUCUCAAUGUCCAGGGCUGUAAGGAGGGCAUGAGCCCCAGAAGCCCAGCUCCAGGAAAAGAGAAGUAUGACAACCAAGAAGGAAAUGUUCAGUCUGUUUCCCCUGAGAACACUCACUCUCAGGUGCUGUUUCCUGGCCAGGCCAGAGGAGAGGUACCCUGGAGUCCUGAGCAGGGCCAGCCUCAUGACAGGGCAGAAGGGCACUGGGAACCUCCUCCAGAAGAUGAAAUGGAGCAGUCCUUAACAGGAGCCACGGGUUGCAGAGAACUGGGGCCACCAAAGGAACUGCAGCCAAAAAAACUUCAUUUAUGUCCCUUGUGUGGCAAAAAUUUCUCUAAUAACUCAAACCUAAUUAGACAUCAGAGAAUACAUGCAGCAGAAAGACUAUGUAUGGGUGUGGAGUGCAGUGAAAUCUUUGGUGGGCAUCCACAUUUUCUCUCACUACAUAAAGCACACCUGGGAGAGGAGGCCCAUAAGUGCCUAGAGUGUGGGAAAUGCUUCAGUCAAAAUACCCAUCUGACUCGCCAUCAGCGAACCCACACAGGUGAGAAGCCUUAUCAGUGCAAUGUAUGUGGAAAAAGCUUCUCUUGCAACUCCAACCUCCAUAGGCACCAAAGGACACACACUGGAGAAAAACCCUACAAGUGCUCUGAGUGUGGGGAGAUCUUUGCUCACAGCUCCAACCUUCUUAGACACCAGAGGAUCCACACAGGAGAGAGACCCUAUAAGUGUGCUGAAUGUGGGAAAAGUUUCUCUCGGAGUUCUCACCUUGUCAUUCAUGAAAGAACUCAUGAGAGAGAGAGACUUGACCCCUUCUCUGAGAAUGGGGAGGCCAUGAGUGAUGGUACUCCCUUUCUUCCAAGUCAGGGAACCCGCAGAGCAGAAAAGAAACUCUUUGAAUGUUCAACUUGUGGUAAAAGCUUCCGGCAGGGCAUGCAUCUUACUAGACACCAGAGAACGCACACAGGAGAGAAACCGUACAAAUGUACCCUUUGUGGAGAAAAUUUCUCUCAUAGAUCCAACUUAAUCCGGCACCAGAGAAUUCACACAGGAGAAAAACCCUAUACUUGUCAUGAGUGCGGAGACAGUUUCUCUCACAGCUCCAAUCGGAUUCGUCACCUGAGAACCCAUACUGGAGAGAGGCCUUAUAAAUGUUCUGAAUGUGGAGAAAGCUUCUCUCGAAGUUCACGCCUUAUGAGUCACCAGAGAACUCACACAGGUUAAAAAGUAAUGGGAUUUCUCUUUGCCCCAGGUUAGGUGGUAUAUAGAGUUAUCAUGAGCUAUCAUUCCUUGCCUAACCUUGCCAGAUGACCUCUGUUUUCCAAGAGGAAAUGAGGGCUCAUAUUGAGGGUCAUGCAGAGGCAGCAAAGGAAUGUUUUAAAACUAAAGAGUUGUUUGCAGUAGGAAGGUUCAAAAUGACCUGCUCAGGGACACUUUAGUCCAUCUUGUCCCAAGGUAUACCCACUUUCUUGGUAUGUUUAACCAGCAUGUAGUUUGGGUGCCUUAUUGUGUAAUAUUUAUCCCAACAACUUUGGGAAUUCACAUGAUCUUUUAGUCUUCAUAUGGAACUACAGAAGCAUUGAGGCUCCUCGGGUCCUUGAGACCAAAGAAAAGGGCCAAAUUUCCAGAGAAACUAGCCUGGAGGUCAACAAGACUGGUUGUAAGUUACAGCUCCGGCUGGGAAUCCAUGAGUGUCCAGGUCAGCCACAAUAACACCCCUCAGUGUCUGGCUCCUGGAGUGCCCAUUGGCAAACCACAUGAUGUGUGACCUCAGACAAAAAGAAAAUGAAGACCUAAGGGAAAUUUAAGGAAGAACUUUCAGGUGAGUCUAGAAAUUGGCAGUUGAAAUGAGUGUGUGAUCAGUCUACCCUUUGGAUAGACUGAGGCUUUUCUUCUGUAUUCAAAAAAUAACACAGCGCUCUAAGCCUUGUUCCCAGGUAGAGGGUUCCUUGAAAGACAGAUUCCCUAGGAAACACUGAAAAUGUGGAUUGUAGGGAAAUUAGGGAUUAUGUCUGUCCCUGUUGACAGUGUUUGGAUGAAAAUAAAUAUCUUCAGCAAACAAA